UUGAAUUCUGGGACAGUAAAGUUGGAAACAAUUGUGCACGUUCUUAUGGGAAUGUCUCCCUAAUGACCCAUUUUCGGUGAACAGUAUUACUAUAAUUGUUAUUUUUAAUUCUUUUUUAAUUUUGUUAUGUUUGAGCAAGAGGGUUGAAACCUCCUCCCCCCCUCAUGAAUCCACCUCCAUUUCAUUCCUUGCAGCUGUAAACUUGAUACCUAUAAGAUAAGGUUGAUUUUUGUUGGAGUUAAUUUCAAGGCUACUACCUAUUGUACAAUUUGUACAAAAUGAAAACAGAAGUUGAUAAAGAUGAGGAAUUUUACAAAUGUAAAUGCUGUGUGGUCGUGUUGACUCUAUUCACAGAAAUGUCCAAUUCUGAUAAGUUUGGUUUAAUAACACUCGCAGCUACAACUUACACUACCCCUUUAAAUAAAAGCAAGAGUGUAUAUUCAACUGCCCUGACCUUUGUUACAUGCUGCCUCUUAAGCGGAUAUAAAUGUCAUGCUAUCAACUGCAGAGAUCAUAGAUGUCGUAUUGGGCGGCAGUGAGAUACGCUGGUACCAUAUAAACUUAAUCGUCAUGUUAGGAGAAAGCAGGCAAGUGCGAUAAAGUUUGCUAGUUGUGAAAUUAAUGCACCCACCACAUUGUCAUAUUGUGGUUUUGUUUCUGUUUUGCGUGGUGUUUGUUGGUGCGGAUUUGGUUUCUUUUUUGUGUCCGUUAGCUUUCGUUUUGAUUCAUUGCUUACUCCUAUCACAUAUAGCCUAUUGGAAAAGAAUGUAACAAACAGUUGUCGCUGUGUGAUUUGAUGGUACUUUGUGCAUGCAACAAAAUUGACACAGCAGGUUCUGAAGAUUGCAUGUGAAGGUGGAACCCUUCAGUAUAACCAUUCUGUAGUGGAGUAGACUGCAAAAAGGGGAAACAAUGUCUGCCAGUGGGGGCGGUGCCGUCAAAGUCUGCCUCGUUGGGAAUUCCACAGUAGGAAAAUCUUGUAUCGCUGCGAGGCUUGUGCACAAUCACUUUCACGAACAGACCAAGACGACCAUUGGGAGUGCCUAUUUGCACAAAGAGCUGAACGUGGAUGGAGACACCGUAAAUGUGAACAUAUGGGACACGGCCGGGCAAGAGAGGUUUCGAGCCCUGGCGCCGUUGUACUACAGAGAUGCAUCAGGCAUUGUUCUUGUCUAUGACAUCACUAACGAAAAAUCUUUCCAAAGCCUACGGACCGUGUGGGUUCCAGCUCUACGGGCAUGCACCAAGUCAGACCUGGUACUGGUCCUGGUGGGCAACAAACUGGACCUUGAAGAGACGGGACGGGUCAUCCCUGCCGAGGAGGCACGGGGCUACGCCGAUUUUCUGGACGCUAUCUUCUUAGAAGCGAGCGCCAAGACGGGUCACAACGUGGACAGAAUAUUUGUUGAACUUGUCAAGAAGAUUAGGACUUUGAAAAAGUCAGCUGCUGCAGAAGACGAGAAACCCACGAAUGUGAUCAAACUACCCGGCGGCAUGGAAGCUAGUGACUCGGUCAAACCUGGUCCAUCGCCAAACGGGAGUGGCAUCGCUCCAGACGGGACCCCUGGCGCAAUCCAAAAGAAGAAAAAGUCGAACUGUAAAUGCAACUAACAGUGGUCAUCUAUUUAAUUGGGCGCAUUUUUAAAGUCGAUACCGCAUCCGUCUGAAAUCUGACAUUUCAUUGGGGUGAGCUGUUGGAAUGAUGAGCUUGCCUUGUGAGGUGUAUUCAUUCUGUCGACAGUAGGGUCUAACAUCGUUAGACCCUACCUAAGCUACCUAAGCUUCAAUUGUUGGAUAAAAAGGGGUUAUAAUGUGUUUAUCACUGGGCCCAGGCCAUUGGCUCUAAAGUGGAUUUUUGAAGGAAAAAUCGUGAAAGACAAUUUCAUACCUGUCCAGUUGUUUAUUUUAUAUUAGAGUUCGUGUUGCACUCACGAUAAUUUGCUUUUAUUUUGCAUACAUGGUCGAGGUUGGAGUUUGGAACCAAAAUUUAGGAGGGGCAAAGUUUUUUUGGGGGGGGGCAAAAAUUAAAAAGAAAUUCUCCUGCAACUUUUUAAUGGCUUUUCUGUGGAAUGAGGGUAAAUUUGGGGGCUUUCCUCCACGCAUUGGAAGGAAGGGAAGUGGAAAGCCAUUUUCUCAUUAUUAUUUUACACAUGAAAAACAAUUUGCUGGAAACAUGGCCUCCGUUGCCUCUCCUGGAUCCGCUAGUGUGUUUGGUUUUAAGGCGCUGUGAUGGUGAGUGGCGAUAUGCCAGUCAUUUUUAUAGUUGGUCGUGGAUUUUAUUUCUUGUGUAACUGGACAACUGUGUAUCAUCCACUUUGACAUGUAGGGUUGUUGUUUGUAUAGUUGUUAGAUGUGCCUUGCGAUCGUUUAACAAUGGUGGUUUAUUUAACAUUCUGCGGAUUUUGUGGGGGGGGUUCCUAGUAAAAGGGGGGUAAUGAUGUUUUCGACUUCAGCAGACCUGAUGCGACCUGUUCAAAACACUUUGUUGAUAAAUUUAUUGCUGUGAAUAAUGACGGGUACAGUUUCUUGUUCCCUGCUAGGAAUUAACAUUAGGUUUCUUGUAUUUUUAGUAUCCACUGAGCGUGUUACAACAUUAUAUUCAGUGAGGUGAACUUCAAGUUCUCUCAAAGUUACAGCGCUGUUGUUUAGAUAAUUCUGCCUGUGCCUCUGCGGCCCAUUUUGUUUGUCUCCCUAAAUCAUCUCUUUUUUAUCUCGAGGUCCAAUUUUAAAUUGUAUUUAAAAUUAAGUACGACUAAUUGAGCUUUUGUAAAUAUGUCUUUUUAUAGUAGAUUACGUGUCUAAAUAUUUCACAAACAAAGUAAAUAAAAAAUGUGCGGAUGUAACGUCAGAUGGAGAAUGGAGGUCAUGCCCUGAACAGGUGCAGUUCAAUCAGCAAGCAUUCAACCACUGGUCGAUUGUUCCUGGUAAUAGGUAUGCGUAACAUAUAACAUGGGUGCCAGGUCAAUUUAUCAGUGUUGACAAAAUGGCCGCUGAUCGAAAUUGGACAUCUUUUCGCCACACGGGCCAAGGUACCACUGGCAUUGCUCCCAGCUUAUUUAAAGUGCCUGUGGAUGGGUUGAUCUUUGCAAAAUCUUUCCUGCCGUGUAAAUUUAGUGUCAAGUGAACAGUACAAAGUUCAAAGAAUGGACACAAAUGGAGUUGCGAUAAUGAUAAUGGUGCGUGAUAGUUUGAAGAGUGCCUCUUAUGUCUACACCCCCCCUUUUCUCGUGCUGUUGGCAAGAAAUACUGGGAAGCCCUGGGCCAUUCCAUAAUCAUGCCUACAAGUGGGAUUAUUUAGCAAAGUCUGGAAAGUUUACCGCCAACGCAACAAGUCCCUUUCUUACCGCGCAAUUUCUUGUGAUGCUCGGUCACAGAGGAGAGGGUUUAUUUUCUUUAUCAUUUUUGUGUCGCCACUUACCCAUACAUUGUAGAGCCCGCGGCGACUUUAAUAUCGGCUUUUGUGUUUAUGAUAUUAAAGACAUAUAUUAUGAAACCA